AUCUUCACGUUUUACUAUUCUUCUUUUCUCCCAUUCCCCCUUUUAAAACCUCCCCCAAAUUUUCCUUCGCCACUCUCCCCAGUUCUCAUAUGUUUCCCCCGUUUCUUCCCUUUAUCCCAUGCCCGCUUUUUACAUUCUCCUCACGUCUUCGGGCCCUAGGUCUAUGUUCUUAUGCGUAUGACGACAAUCGGAAUUGUUGAAUGCGCGUGCGGUGUUCCCCCCCCUUUAUUCCCUGGGCAGGCUUUCUGCGAAAAGUUCCUCUGCUGAAGUCCUUUUUCAUGAAGCAAACCAAUCGUAUUCUUACCGGGCGGCCUGUACAACAUGUUUUCACCUCGCCUUCUAUUUCUCUCAAUUCAGUCUAUUAUGGAGCACAGUUCUUUCUCUCGCUCUUUCCAUGCGGUGGACCUUUACUGGGUCCUUCCCCCGUCUUGCGUCUGGCGCGUUCCGCGGAUGUUUUGGACGGCUUGGGUUGUGUACUUUUCUCUAUCCCCCUGCCGGGUGUGUGGGACUUGGGGCUGGUGUUGAUGAUUCUAUGACAGGACGGGGCUCUUCCUAAUGCGUCUAUCUCUUCGUUUAAAUUGUAGUUACUGGGUGGUGGGUGGUUUUCCUGUUUCUACCUAUCCUCGGGCACUGAUGGCGGCAUCCUGUUGUGAACCAACAAAUCACGGUUU